CACCACUUGUGAUUCUGAUGUCACUCUCCAGUCCCAACAAGGAGGAGGUGAAUGGAAGGCUGGGGAAGGAAACAAGAUCUUGAGCUGAGCAAGAACAUCCCAGCAUCUUCGUUGUCUUUACAAGUAUAUUCUCGAGUCUUCUGUGGUUCACUGUUUCAGUGCUACAGAGAUUCCUCCUAUUACAUGGCAGGAGGGGUGGGUAAACUUAGGGAUAGUGCCGACAACAGAUUAGUCAAGAGUUUUCUUCACAUCUCAGAACCUGUCCUCAAUAAAAAUGACGGAUAGGGUUGACUGGUUACAAAGCCAAAAUGGAGUAUGCAAAGUUGAUGUCUAUUCACCGGGAGACAACCAACCCCAUGACUGGAAAAUAUCGGAUGAAUCCUUGUCUGUUUUUAAGGAAGCCUCAACAGAUCCUGUCAGAGUGCUCAGCUGGCUCCGCAGAGACCUGGAGAAAAGCACAGCAGAGUUCCAAGAUGUUAGGUUCAAGCCUGGAGAAUCAUCGUUUGGUGGGGACAUGACCCCCUCUGCAGACCCACGCAAAGGUUUUUCAGUAGACUACUACAAUACCACCAACAGGGGGAGUCCUGGGAGAUUGCAUUUCGAGAUGACCCACAAAGAGAAUCCUCCCCAGAGCCCCAGUGCCCUGCCUGGUCAUGGAAGUUCGGUAGAUGAAGUCUCCUUCUAUGCUAACCGCCUCACAAAUCUCGUCAUAGCCAUGGCCCGCAAGGAGAUCAAUGAGAAGAUCGACGGCUCGGAAAACAAAUGCGUCCAUCAGUCAGUGUACAUGGGAGACGAGCCCGGGCCCAACAAAACCCUGAGCAAGGUGGCAUCAGAGCUCGUGAACGACACCGUCUCUGCGUGCUCCAAGAACGUUAACCCGGAGAAGGCUCCUGGCUCUGGAGAUAGAGCCUCAGCGUCAUCGCGGAGCCCCCCAAACUUGAAAUACAAGUCCACUUUGAAGAUCAAGGAGAGCACCAAGGAAAGCAAGGGUCCAGAUGACAAGCCUGCCUCUAAGAAGUCUUUCUUCUAUAAGGAAGUGUUUGAAUCCCGGAACGCAGGUGAUGCCAGAGAGGGCGGAAGGUCCUUACCUGGGGAGAGAAGGAAGUUUGGGGGGCAAGAGAGGCCCGAUGACUUUACCUCUUCCGUCAGCCAAGGGAUCAUGACCUACGCCAACAGCGUGGUCUCUGAUAUGAUGGUCUCCAUCAUGAAGACGCUGCGGAUACAGGUGAAAGACACGACCAUUGCCACCAUCCUGCUGAAGAAGGUCCUGAUCAAGCAUGCGAAAGAGGUGGUGUCGGAUCUCAUUGACUCCUUCAUGAAGAACCUCCACAAUGUCACAGGGACCCUGAUGACCGAUACAGACUUUGUCUCAGCUGUGAAAAGAAGCCUCUUCUCCCAUGGAAGCCAAAAGGCCACAGAUAUCAUGGAUGCCAUGCUGGGUAAGCUGUAUACCGUGAUGUUCAAGAAAUGCCCCGAGACGAUGAGGAAAACCAAAGAUAAGGCUGAGAGUUAUUCCCUCAUCUCCAUGAAAGGAAUGGGUGACCCUAAACACCGAAAUGUGAACUUUGCAAUGAAAUCCGAAGCUAAAUUAAAAGAGAAAGUGUACUCUCCGCACAAACCGGAGAAGACUUGUGCUGAGACUCUGGGUGAGCACAUUAUCAAAGAGGGAUUGACCAUGUGGCAUAAAAACCAACAGAAAGAAUGUAAAUCUCCAGGUUUCCAGCGGGCAGCAUUUGAAAUGCCCGACCAACAGUGCAAGUCUCCCCCAGACAUCCCCUGUGCAUGUCCUGAGGAUAUCAGCAACUUCGGCCCCCUGCUGUGUCACCCAGAGAACGCUGACAGUAUUAUGUAUGACUCAGAUUCCUGGGCCAAGGACCUGAUUGUGUCUGCCCUGCUCCUGAUUCAGUACCACCUGGCCCAGGGAGGAAGAAUGGAUGCACAGAGCUUCCUGGAAGCUGCUGGAAGCACUAACUUUCCCAGCAAGAAGUCUCCUGUAGUUCCUGAUGAGUCCAGCCUCAAGUCUCCUCAUUUAGUAGGUGACCGAGAACAAGCAGAAAAGAAGGAUCUAAUGAGUGUUUUCUUCAAUUUUAUCCGGAACUUACUUGGUGAGACCAUUUUCAAAAACGACCGUAGCUGUGAACCCAAGGUGCCAGAACAUCCAGUUAAAGAAGAAAUCAGCAACCCGUGUGAAAGACCUGCAACCCCUUGUCCCACCAGAAACUGUGAAGGUGAUGAGGCUGGUGGUACCUUUUCUGGGCUGACUAAGAUGGUGGCCAACCAACUAGAUGGCCACAUGAAUGGACAGAUGGUAGACCACCUGGUGGACUCGGUGAUGAAGUUAUGUCUCAUUAUUGCUAAGUCCUGUGACUCUCCCCUGGCAGAGCUGGGAGAUGAUAAAUGUGGGGAUGCCAGCAGGCCAACUUCAGCCUUCCCAGAAAAUUUGUAUGAGUGCUUACCAGCCAAGGCCACAGGGACGGCAGAAGCCCUACUGCAGAACGCCUACCAAGCUAUCCACAAUGAGUUGAGAGGUGUUUCAGGACAGCCUCCUGAAGGGUGCGCAGUGCCGAAAGUGAUCGUCAGCAACCACAGCCUAGGUGACACGGUGCAGAACAAGCAACUCCAAGCUGUCCUCCAGUGGGUGGCUGCCUCUGAGCUCAAUGUCCCCAUUUUGUACUUCGCUGGUGAUGAUGAAGGGAUCCAGGAGAAGCUGCUCCAGCUGUCGGCUGCCGCUGUGGAGAAGGGCCGCAGUGUGGGCGAGGUCCUGCAGUCAGUACUGCGCUACGAGAAGGAGCGCCAGCUGGACGAGGCGGUGGGGAACGUCACACGGCUGCAGCUGCUGGACUGGCUGAUGGCGAACCUGUGAUCGGCGCCCACCCACCGCGGUCCCCUCCAGCGGCGGCCCAGCCCUCCUUCCUCCUCACCCCCCAGCUCCCUCUCCAGAUCCUCACAGAGCCCUAACAUUAUCCUCACACCACUCACACCAAAGACACGUCAUCUUAAUGCUGGUCACUGGAUUUUGCAGAUUUUCCUGUCUAUGCGAGCAAGGACAUAAGAUUAAAAACAAUUACAGUAC